AUGCCUUCAAAGAGUCCAAACAUUAGCGCAUCCUCACCAGGACCCGUGUCCUCGCAAUCAUCGUCUUCUGGGUCACACUACUCGUCAUCCGCAUCGUCCUUUCGUCAGGUUGCUACCUCAGAUACCUCGUCGGUCCACACCAGCCCGUCCACGGCCACAGACAGCUUCGGCACCUACCGCUUCUCGCCCGCUACCAAGGGCAUCUGGCAGGCGCAGUACGACGUCGAAGGCUCGCCUCAUCGAGGCCGACACCAGCAGCAUCAGCACGUCCAAUAUCAUCAUCAUCACAAUCACCAGCAGCAGCAGCAUCAGCAGCAGCAGCAGCAGCAACAGCAGGCCACACGCCACGCACUAGUCGCCGACCCAGCCUACGGUCAUCGUCCCCAACCGCCCCCAAUGGACCACGGCUUCGAACCGGCAGUCGGAUCGCGAACCCAACCCGCGCUCGCCUCGAUUGCACACGGUGGAUCCUCGCCUGCCAUGUCGCAGCAGGCCUCGCGGAGGUUUGAAGCGGGCUGGCCAUCGGUGGCCGUCGCCUCGAGCAGCCAUGUCCAUCCGUACGGCCACGACGAGCCGAUGGCGAUCGACCAGCAUAACGUCCACGCCGGCGUCGUCCACGACUUUGGCACCAGUCCAGAGGCAAGCCGCGGGCCCCUGGCAAAGACGCGGCGGACCAGUCCAGGGGGCUCGCGGGCUUCGGGCGAGCUCAGACCGACGACCAGAAAGGAAACAGUGACGACUGCAUCGUCCAGCCCUGCACCGCGACGCCAUGACGCGGAUCCUGCAGCGCGGCAGACCCCGUUCCACCAGGGGAUCGCGGCCGAAGUCGAACGCUCCACGCCGGGGACUCUCGCUCCCGGUGCAUCAUCCGCUCAGGCGCCCUUCGAUCGGUCCUGGAGCGCGGGCACGUCGCAGUACCAGCCGGGGUUGCCCCACGGCGACUCUUCCCACACAGCGUCCACGAUGCGGGUCUCGCCGCGGACGCGGACUGUAGACGUGUCAGGCCGCAGCCCUGCCUCGACGACUUCUGGUCGGGGCCCGCGCUCUCCGUCUGCGCACGCUGCGGCGAGCAUGUCGACACCGGCGGCGCCCAGAACGCCACAGCUUCCCAAGAUGAACCUGGCCACGUUCCCGCCGCAGGAACUGCUCAAGGUCCUUGCCACCUUGCUGCACGAGAUUGCCACUGCCAACGACGAGUUCCGCACCGAGUCUGGGAAGGCGGAGGGGUCGAGGCGAUCCAAGUCGCGGAGCAAGGAGCCGACAUCGUCGUCAAGCCAGACGCCGAACGACGCGGAUGCGGCGCGGACCCAGCCCUACGCCGCCGGCGCGCACCUGUCGUUCAACGACGCCCGGCGUCCGUCGACGACCACGGCCGCCCUGGGAGCCCUGGCGACGCCGUCGAGCACGCUCUGCUUCCACGCCCGCAACGUCCCCAGCAUCAGCAUCGAGUCGUACCUAUUGCGGAUCCUCAAAUACUGCCCGACGACCAACGAGGUCUUCCUCAGCCUCCUGGUCUACUUUGACCGUAUGAGCCGGAUGGGCACCGGCGCCAAGCCAGGGGCCAACAGCGACACCGAGAUCGCCGGCGAGGCGGCCGGCCUCCCACGAGCCGCCGAGAUGGCCACCCGUGCCGGUCUUCCGGGCCCGUCCGAAGGGGGCGGCGUCGGAGCCGCUGCAAAUGAGGCCGAAGCCUACACCCACCCGGGCAUCAAGGGGUUCGCCAUCGACAGCUACAACGUGCACCGGCUCGUGAUCGCUGGCGUCACGGUGGCGAGCAAGUUCUUCAGCGACGUCUUUUACACCAACAGCAGAUACGCAAAGGUCGGCGGGCUGCCCGUGCACGAGCUCAACCAGCUGGAGCUGCAGUUCCUUCUGCUCAACGACUUCCGGCUGACGAUUCCGUUAGACGAGAUGCAGCGGUACGCGGACCAGCUGCUCAUGUACGGCUCUGGGCGGCCCGAGAAUGUCUCGCGCGUCAAGGAGCCUUCGCGCGCGGCAGAGACGGGCGCGGCCAAGGCCGAGGUCGGCGGUUCUCGCCGGCCGAGCGAGUCGCGGCCCGGGCCUGUCGCGGUCAAGUCCGACCAGCCGCAGCAGCCACCACCGCCGCCGCGUCAAACGGCGGAGGCGGAGCCUCAGCCCAACGGCGCGCCGGGAGCAGACGGGAGAUCGCAUCGAGAGGGCGGAGGGCAGGAGGUCGGGAUGCAGGAUUGA